ACCGUCUCUGUGGAACAACAGGAAAUAAAGUGUGUUGGCUUCUUUGUCAUCCGGUCUGGCGGCGGGAUACCUGCAGCAAAGAGCACAUUUCGCUGAAUUAAAGACGGAGUUUUAGUCCAAUGGGAGACAGUGAUGACGAGUUUGACAGGAGGCGGCGGGACAAGUUCCGGAGAGAGAGGAGCGACAUGGAGCGGUCAAGAGAGCGGGAAGAGCGGAGGCGGGAAGAUUGGCCAGACAGGGAAUGGGACCGCAGUAGGGAGAGAAGGCGGGACUACGAUCGUGGUCAUCGGGAGAGGUUCUCCCCACCGCGACACAUCAGUCCCCAGCACAAGCGUAUAAGGAGAGACUGGGAUGACAGCCGGGGGGAGCCUUACCGCUUCGACCUGCCCUUUGGAGGAGGUAUCGCUCCUUUCCCGGGGGCGGGGCCUCAGGGCUGGCACCCCGACCUCCCACACAUGCACCCACAUCACGGAGGGCACCCCCUGCAAGGCAGGCUGGGGAUGGUGGAUCCAGAUCUUCCUCCUCCUGGUCCUCCUGCAAUGAGGAGCUUUAAGGAGUUUCUGCUCAACAUGGAGGACAGCGUGGAUGAGACGGAGUCUGUGAAGCGCUACAAUCAGUACAAACUGGACUUCAGGCGUCAGCAGCUGCAGGACUUCUUUCUCCAACACAAAGAUCAGGAGUGGUUCCGCCUCAAGUACCAUCCUGAUGACAUCGCAGCCAGGAGGGCGGAGACUUUGGCCGCUCUGAAAACACGUCUGGGGGUCUUCCUCUUCCUUCUGGACAAUAACUGGCUGGACAAGGUGUCACUGGACAUGGACCAUGCCCCAGCCAUCAUCAAACUGAUGGAUGCAGCAGUGAUAAAGAUGGAGGGGGGCACAGACUUUGACCUGCAGAUCCUAGAGGUGCCAACUGUUCCCCUGGCAACCGGCGCCGAGGUGGGCGGUGCCAACCAUGGCGGGGAGAAAAAUCAGGAUGAUCACAGCGGUGGAAGCAUGGACCCUCCGGCCACUUCUGAACCCACCGAGCGUCGGACAGAAGAGACUCCCGCUGGCUGUGAGAGUGGCGAGACAAAAGAGCCGGACAUGGGGGAGGAGUCUGUCCAGCAAAACGGAGAGAAGGACAAAGAAGAGGAUGACGAGGAAGAGGAGGAAGAAAAGAUGACAAAGAAAGGCCAGAAGAGGAAGCGCAGCGCGUCGGUUGACAGCGGCGAGGGCAGCGUGUCGGACUCUGACUCCUCCCAGUCUGACGGAGAGAAGGAAGAAGAGGAGGAGAAAGAGGAAGAAGAGGAGGACCGUGAGAGUGAGCGAAGGAAGGCGCGAGCAAAGGAGCGGGAGAAGGUAGCAUCAGUGAAGCCCCGCCCACUGCACCUCACAACUUCUCUAUUCAUCCGGAGCAUCCCGCCAGAUGUUUCCAAGGAGCAGAUUGCUGUGUUGUGCAAAAGGUACCCAGGCUUCCUCCGGGUGGCGCUGUCUGACCCCCAGCCGGAGAGGAGGUUCUUCAGGCGCUGCUGGGUGACCUUUGACCGCAGCGUGAACAUCAAAGAGACGUGCUGGAACCUACAGAACGUCAGACUGAAGGACUGUGAGCUGUCUCCAGUGGUGAACAGAGAUCUGUGUCGUCGCGUCCGAAGCGUUAAUGGUCUGACUCACCACAGACCGGUGGUCAGAAACGAUAUCCGCCUAUCUGCUCGUCUCAUUCACAGUCUGGACCAGAAGGGGGAGCUGUGGCUCCAACAGAUGGAGACGAACCCCGUCCUGAGGAACAUCACAGACUACCUGAUUGAGGAGGUGAGCGCUGAGGAGGAGGAGCUAACAGGAGCCUCUGGGAGCAAUAGUGCUGACGCCAAGGACCCUGGCUUGUCCUCAGAGUUUACCGUGGAGACAGAUGACAAGCUGCUGAAGGUGCUGGACAGGCUCCUCUUCUACCUGCGUCUGGUCCACUCUGUCGAUUACUACAAUUUCUGCGAGUAUCCCGGUGAGGACGAGAUGCCUCAUCGCUGUGGUCUGAUCCAUGUGCGAGGCCCCCUGCCUGUCGCCAAGAUCACUGCAGCUGAAGUGAGCGAGCAUCAGAGGAUGUGUGAGGAGCGUCUGGCCCACCUGUUGACUCCUGCAGAUACUCUGAAAGAUGACGAGGCGGUCCGACUGGGCCGCAAAGACUCCGAACAGGAGGUGGAAAAGUUCCUGUCGGCAAAUACUCAGGAGCUCAGUAAAGACAAAUGGCUGUGUCCUCUGAGUGGGAAAAAGUUCAAGGCACCAGAGUUUGUCCGUAAACACAUACUGAAUAAGCACGCUGAGAAGGUCGCUGCUGUCCGACAGGAAGUCGACUUCUUCAACAACUUCCUCUCUGAUACCAAGAGACCCACCCUGCCAGAAAGCAAGCCCCUCCCACCAACUGCACAAGCUCCUCCCCCUGGAGUACCAGGCUUUCCAGCUCAGCCACCACAGCAGCAAAGUCUUCUGGGAUACCCUCCAGGAGUCAGACCUCUGAUGCCGGGCUUUCCUGGCACCGUGCCCCCCUACCCCUCGAACCAGUUUGGGGUCGGACGUGGAAACUACGACAACUUCCGAGGCCCUUUAGGAGGAGGCGGCGUGUUUCCAGGGAAACAGCGGAACAGCAGGGGUAUGCGAGGGGAUCCCCGGUCCAUCAUAGAGUACAGAGACCUGGACGCUCCAGAUGACCUGGACUUCUUUUGAAGGCCAUCAGGGCCAAGAUGAACAAUGGGACAUUUUUUUUAACCUUUUUUUAUUCCUGCAUUCUCGUUAUUCUUCUGUCCGUCUGUGUUUGUGUCCUGUUGGGUUUGGAGGACGACACUCUGCUGGUCGGGCGGGAACUUCGGUAUCAUUUGUUCUCCUGAUCAGUAAAGACCAGGAGCAGCUUCAUCGUCACACUAACUGAAGGAGUCAUCGGCUGUAUCAAGGUCAUGUUUUAAUUGGAAGAUGGGUCAAAUGAACAGGAAGUGGUGAUUUUGUGAGGGUUUGUUUGAGACAAAAAAUAAAAGGUAAGUGUUUUU